UCUUUUCUUCAUUCAAUAAUUCUUCUCUAUGGGUAAAAUAGGUCUUGUGCAGACAGCGGCUGUGAUUGGUCGGCUCCUCCGCUGCCGGGGCCUGUUCGAAAGCACAACUCAGCUGCUCAUUGGUCGGCUCCGUGUCUCGGGCGUUCCACCGAGGAUUUCCCCGGUUGUGUCCGGGUAAGAUGGCGUUGGAAGAACAGUGCUCGGCACCACCUCGAUGGAAGGCCAUAUCUGUGACACACGUCGAGUUCCCUGAAGGUGACCUGACGGGACGAUUGUUGGCCUACAUCAGUCUUCUACCCGUAGCUAUUAUUGUGGGGUUUGUCACACUCAUAGUGUUCAAACGGGAACUGCACACGAUUUCCUUCUUUGGUGGCCUCCUCCUAAAUGAAGGUGUGAACUGGCUGCUGAAGCAGAUUUUCAGAGAGCCACGCCCUUGUGCAGGGAUUCACGCAACUGUGUACGCAGAGUACGGGAUGCCCUCUAACCAUUCCCAGCUUAUAUGGUUCUUUGUUGUUUACUUCUUUCUUUUCCUUUAUUUAAGGAUGCAUCAAACGAACAAUGCUCGAUGUGUGGACCUUCUGUGGAGACACGUACUGUCCAUUUUCCUGUUGGGCAUAGCCUUGUCAGUCUCAUACAGCAGGGUCUACCUGUUGUAUCAUUCCUGGAGCCAGGUUUUCUAUGGUGGAGUAACAGGCACUACAUUUGCUGUAAUCUGGUUCUUUUUCACACAAGAGGUGCUCACACCGUUAUUCCCUAAAAUUGCAGCGUGGCCAAUAUCAGAGUACUUCCUGGUGCGAGACACAAGCUUGAUUCCCAACAUCUUAUGGUUUGAGUAUACAGUGACCAGAUCAGAGGCAAGGAACAGACAACGAAAGCUCGGAACAAAACUUCAGUGAUUCUCACAGCUCUUCUGUGAAACAAAGUUUAGGACCACACUUGUGCGCACAUACACACAAACACACAAACAUUCCCAUCUGCAAGCAGAAACAAAUGCUCACUUAACAAAAAAACUAAAAACAAAACAAAAUAAACACUGGAGAACCAUCUUUUGGAUCGACUUGGUUGCGAGGAAUACGUUGGGCAGAAACAGUUUCCAGGCGGUUAAAGAGUGCCUGGCCCUGCAGCCCCACAGUCUGCGCAAGUCCGUCCACACGCCUUUCCUCCUUGUACAGCUUGCCCAAAAUGCUCUUCAGUGCAUGAGAGACUGUACAUGAGGCAUACUAUUUAAUGAUAGAUUAAUAUAUAUUUUAACUAUAACGCACGCUGACAGUAACGCUUUACUGUAAGAGAUUUAAAAAGCCUAAGGAGAGGCUUCCGUCGAAACAAAUUGGUGGGUGUCAUUACAGCAUGUAUUUACUGGUUCUUUUUUAAUGAUGGAUGGUGGUUGGUUAUAGGUUUGUUGGCGGUUUGUGUAAGAAACAGUUUUCUUUGUUGUAUAAUAGAAAAUGGAACAAUUUCUACAAUUGGUGAUGAUGUAAUAUACAGAAAAAUUUGCACUUUGUGAAAUUUACAAAGGUUAAAAAAAGACUUAACACUAGUUAAAUGUUAAGAAACCCCCCCCCCCC